GUUGCUGGAUGUUUUGUGUUGAACGUCAGUGUGGAGAGAAAUUGCACAACAAAACACAUUUUUGGAGAAUAGCAGACUGUCAAAUGGCACUGAUUUUCUCAGGUCAAGGACUGUGGCAAACUAAUCAAAGAUAAAUAUUGACUGUUCCACCCACGUCUUUCUCUGAAUGAAUGACAUAUAUAUGACGUAGACAGUGAGCACAUGGGAGGAAGUUUUAAAAUGCAGAAGCACGUCCUAGCCGACAUCCUGUGUUUUGGAUGCUGGUCUAGAUCUCAGUUCUCUCCUCGUGCAGAUGGGAGUUGUAUCAAUACGGGUUACAAGGUCAACAUCAGCUGUUUGAUCAUCAAUCUGGAGUAUGUCGAAUGCAACUGGACCAAACCACAGAUGCAGCAGAUAAACUACACCUUCAGUAGUGUAUUUUUGCAUAAUUCGUCUCGUGAGUGUCCGCAGUACCUCCAGGAGCACCGUCAGAAUGUAGGCUGCAGGAUCCCCCUUGGGGCCCCACUACGGCGAUUUGAUCCUUUCCACACAAAGCUCUCUGUUGGAAGAAAUCAGUCAAUCUGUAAAAAUUACACAACUCUAAAACACAGAGUGAAGCUCGACCCUCCCCAAAACCUGUCUGUGAAUGCGAGUGGUAGAGAAGGAGAGGUGUGCGUGCACUGGAUAAGGAGUAAUAUCAAGAAGGAUUGUGUGAACUAUACAGUAGGCUAUCGGAAGGCCUCUGGCCCAUGGAAGAUUUCCACUCCAACGCUCUACUCUUCAUACUGCGUGUCUCCUGUGUCCAGUGGAGUCACGUAUACAUUCCAAGUAAGAAGCAGCAUGUCAGAUAUGUGUGGUGCUUCUGAUUUUUGGAGUGAUUGGAGUGAUCCAGUACAGUGGAAUAACAACAAAGAUGUAAGGACAACAGCACAGCGUCAGGUGUACUGGCAUGUGUUGGGCUCUGUUCUGGGAGUCAUUAUCCUCAUCAGCCUUUCUUUACUGUUGUGCUAUAGUGAACGGAUUAAAGUUGUUUUCGUUCCUGUGGUACCUGACCCAAGCAAGAGCCUGCAGGAUUUAUUCAAGAAAUAUAAUGGCAAUGUUGAGAGCUGGGUUUAUAUCUCCAGGGAGCUGAAGGAUGCUUUUGAGCCAGAUUACACAGAGUCUCCAUGUGUUGUAUGUGAACCAAGUCCCACUUCUGAAACUAAAACUAAGGAUGGUCCUACGGAGCAGCCUGUCUCUUAAAUCUAUUGUACUCUUUCAUUGCUGUUAAUGGGUCCAAGCCAACUGGAAGAUUUACAUUUAUCUUUACUUCAUUUGGCUGAUGCUUUUAUUCAAAGAGACUUACAAUAGAAACAUCAAGAUCAUGUUUCAUACUUUUGAUACUGAACAUUAGUUCACCCAGUCUUUAUAAAUAAAGGUGAUUGUGCUACUUGAAGAUCA